AUGUCUGAGACAACGGGCGUUGAGUCGCCCGAGUCUGGAAAUAUCGACAACGCGGCAGAGGGGCUCCUGAACCAACAAUGGCAAGCUCAAGAUCAAGAAGGAUUGCCCGAAGACCCGGCUGUGAAACCCAAGGCCGUUCUUCAAGUUCUUGUCCCGGCCGUUGAUAACAGAGACGACUAUGGAUACUUGCCAGGUCACUUCGCCGUGCGCAGGAUUCUGAAGUUGGACUCGGAAAAUCCUAAGAGCCCAUCUUACACCGUGAGACUCCAAAGUGGAGAGCGUGAAACAAUGUCCUAUGAUCGAUUCAUGCGGCUAGAUAGCAGUAUGCAAGCUCUGGAUCAAUUCAAUCCGGACUCGGAUUCGAGUGACGAUCUCGUUGUCAUUGAUAGGAAUUCCCGAGCGCGCAAAAAGAAUAAAUUCACAUAUGGAGAUGGAGCAGCGGACGAGUCUGAUCCAGAAUUUCCUGCUGCCCGGAGCAGUCGCCGAAGCAGUCGCCCAACUCGGGGCCGAGCUGCUGCACCAGGAAGAUUUACCGACUUUUUUCGUGUCCAGACUGAAAGUGAAGGAGAAAAAGAUUCGGAUGCUUUAGAGAGCUCAGAUGACGCACUCCAUAUCUCUGCCGUCUCCAACAAGAAAUGGCUACGACGAGGAGCGAAAAGAGCUAAACUUAGAUCAUCUGACAACGAGACCUCAGACCACGAAAGAGGCACACGCAGAUCGAAAAGAACCACCCUCAAAAAAAAUCUACGGGAACCAUUUGAAGAUGACUUCUCUGAAUCCGAAAGCGAAGCCCCACGCAGGUCGAAUCGGGAACGUAAAACCAUUCGAAAGAACAUGCGAGAGCGGCUUGAAGAUGAUCUUUCUGAAGCUGAGAGCGGCGGCCCACGCCAACAGAAGUACUCCGGCGCCAAAGAGUUCUUCCUCGAACUCGCUCCUGAUGACGAGUUCAGAGUGAGCCAUUUUGAAUGUUGCUCUACAUGCAAACGGUUUGGCAAUGACGAAGAGAAAGGCAUUCUUGUGUUCUGUCAAGGUUGUAGCUCCUCAUACCAUCAAUCCUGCCUUGGACCACGUGCCAGUCGAGAGCAUCUGGUCACUAAGAUUGAUGAAGGAAAUUUUAUCCUUCAAUGUCGUCGGUGUCUCGGCAUCUCUCACGAAAGGCAUGACAUUCGCCCACAUCUAGGUAAUUGUGCUGUUUGCAGAGAGGCAGGACCAAUGUCGCAACCCCUGCGGCAACGCUUCACAUCCAAGGAGGAGCAGAGACUCCGGGUGGAGAACGACGGAGUGGACCCUAUCACUCAUAUUGACAUGAAUCGGGUCAAUAAUACCCGCAAUGUCCUUUUCAGAUGCACCACUUGCGAUCGAGGAUUCCACAUUGACCACUUGUCAUAUAUCAACACCGCGCACGAAACCGAUGCAACCGGCGAAACCGAUACUUUGCGCGGAUACAAACACCGGCAAUGCCAUGAGUGCUCAUCUACUGCGGGCGAAAUCGAGAUUCUCGUGGCUUGGCGCCCCGCUGCAUCCGACAUGGACAAAGUUGAAAAAAACAAAUCGCGCUUGCCUGAGCUUGUCCCGGAAAUCGACAAGGAGUACCUCAUCAAAUGGAAGAAUAAGUCGUAUUUCCGUGUGACUUGGAUGCCUGGAGACUGGGUAUGGGGUGUCAGUAGUCCUGCCAUGAUGCGGGCGUUUUAUCAGAGGACGCCGAGAGAAGCAAUCUUUACGGCUGAAAAGGCGAUUCCCGAGGCCAACAUGCGAGUAGACAUCGUGUUCAAUGUAUCAUGGAUGUCAGAAGAUAUGUCAUCCAAUGACGAAAAAGGUCCUGAGAUGGUUCAGGAGGCCUAUGUCAAAUACAAGGGCUUGAAUUACGAAGAUGCAGUGUGGGAAGCACCUCCGACACCAGAUGAAACUGAGCGUUGGGAAGACUUCAAGUUAGCCUUCAAAGAUUGGCUACGCCGCGGCACAAUCCCAAGUUUGGACCGCAAAAAACUCAAAGAUCAUCUGACAGCUACCUGCCAGUUAAAUUUUGAGGAGUUGGAACUAAAGGUUCAACCGAAGAUGAUCAUCAACGGAAAGUUGAUGGAUUAUCAACUGGAAGGUGUGAAUUGGCUUUAUUACAAGCACAUUCGACAAGACAACGCAAUUCUCGCAGAUGACAUGGGCCUCGGGAAAACGCUGCAAGUCAUCAGCCUAUUUGCGACCCUCAUUGACAGGCAUACGCGCUGGCCAUUUUUGGUAGUCGCUCCAAAUUCGACAGUUCCGAAUUGGCGGCGUGAGAUCAAGUCAUGGGCACCAGAUAUUCAAGUUGCGACAUAUUUCGGCUCCAAGUUUGCGCGCCAAAUGGCCUACGACCUAGAGAUGUUCCCGGAAGGCGGAAAUGAGAUCCGCUGCCACGUCGUAAUUGCUUCAUACGAGAGCAUGGUUGACAGUGAAGCAAAGAGGGUGUUGUCCAAGGUUCAUUGGGCAGGUCUGGUGGUAGAUGAAGCUCAUCGUCUGAAAAACGAUCACUCCCAGCUCUAUGAGCGCCUUGCUCGCAUGAAGUUUGACCACAAGGUUCUCCUCACUGGCACACCACUUCAGAACAAUAUCCGGGAGUUAUUCAAUCUGUUACAGUUCGUUAAUCCAAAAACGAAGGCCGAAAAAUUGGAGGAACAGUAUUCUGACCUCACCUCUGACAAUAUCCGGGCUCUUCACAAACUGAUUAGUCCGUUCUUCCUCCGUCGUACCAAAACCGAGGUGCUACCUUUCUUGCCACCGAUGGUGCAAAUAAUCGUGCCUGUUUCAAUGUCCUUUGUACAAAAGAAACUUUACAAGUCGAUCUUGGGGAAGAACCCCCAACUGAUAAAAGCGAUUUGCACGACCCAUACUAGCCAGAUCAAGAAGCAAGAAAGGUUGAACUUGAACAACGUUCUGAUGCAGCUCAGAAAAUGUCUUUGCCACCCAUUUGUUUACAAUCGAGAAAUCGAGGAAGUUACCAAUGAUCCAAUACUGGCUCACCAGCGCUUGGUAGAGGCUUCUGGAAAAUUUGAGCUUCUGAACUUGAUGCUACCAAAGCUACAGGAGCGAGGUCAUCGUGUUCUGAUUUUCAGUCAAUUCCUCGAGAACCUGGAUCUUGUUGAAGAUUUCCUUUCGGGGAUGCAGUUGCUCUACUGCCGUUUGGAUGGCCAAUUGAUAGCUCGCGAGAAGCAGCAACAGAUUGAUCUUUUCAACGCGCCUGACUCUCCAUACUUUGCCUUCCUGUUGUCGACGCGAUCCGGUGGUGUUGGUAUCAAUCUUGCAACCGCUGAUACCGUCAUAAUCAUGGAUCCGGACUUCAACCCAAAGCAAGAUAUGCAAGCUUUGUCCCGUGCUCAUCGAAUUGGUCAGAAGAACAACGUUCUUGUCUAUCACCUGACAACACGAGCAUCUGUAGAGGAAAAAAUCAUGGAACGGGGUAAGAAGAAAUUAACCCUGGAUCACGUCCUCAUUGAGCGCAUGGAAGACGAGGAGGACGAGGAGGACCUGGAAUCGAUUUUACGGCAUGGUGCCCAAGCUCUGUUCAACGAUGACCAUUCAGCCGAUAUCCAUUAUGACUCAGCAUCUAUCGAUAAGCUUCUUGACCGAAGCCAAGCCGAAAAAGCUGAUGAGAUGAAAAGAUCGGAUCAAGGUGAUAAGGAUGCUACAAACCACCAAGCGAAUUCACAGUUCAACUUCGCUCGUGUCUGGCAGAAGGAUGCAGGAACUUUGGAAGAAGUGACUGUGAGUGAAGAUGCGCCUAUUGACGAAAACCUCUGGGCCAAAAUAUUGGAUGCCCGCGAGAUCCAAUCCCGGGAUGAGGAACUUCUCAACGCCGAAACUUUUGGCCGGGGGAAGCGAAAGCGCGCUCAAGUCAACUACCAGGCAGUAACCGAGGAAGCCCAAGAACUUGAUGGAACGACAUCAAAUCAAGCAUCUCCUGUCAAAAAGCGCAAGAGCAAGGGAAGUGGUGAUAGCGAUGAUGAAUUCCAGGGGAAGGGCUCUGAUGAAGAGAUUGACUCUGCCGAUGACUCAAUCGGGGAGGAUGAUCGCAUGGACAUUGAUCCUUUGCUCCCGAAACAUACUGGUCCCUUCAAGCGUGUUCAUGUCCCCGAAGAACCCCCACUCUCGUUGGGCCUUGACGGUUCAUCGGACUCUAUGGCGUCUUGCCUGGCUUGCGAGAAACGCCAUGAGCUUGGUCACUGUCCUUUGAAAGGAGCUGGUGUGGAACACUGUCCACUCUGUGGCCUUGCGCACCUAGGAGGACGGCGUGCUUGUCCGAACUUCAAUUCCAAGUACCAGGUUCAACUUAUGCUGCAAGCAUUGUCUCAAAGCAACGAGGACCCUAGUCUGGUUCAUGCUGCUAAACAGUACUUGCGUGGUGUCAUCGGCCAUUUGACAAAUGCCGAGCGUAAAAACUCUGCAAAUGUGAAAGAAACUGGUCAGUCCAGCAAGUCGCCUUCACUUGCGGCUGAUCUAUCUAGGUCAACAAGCAAUCUAGGCAGCUCGGAUCCCAGACUGGCUCUGCCCCUACUGGGUAGCUUCACCCAUCAAACGCCCAAGACAUUUCAACAACAGGCUGAUCUGUCCAAACCUGGCAUGCAUGCCAAUGGGAUGGAAACCACGCUGGUGCAGCCUCUUUAUGGUAGCUCGUCACAAGAACAUCCCGCUCAUUCAACUAUGCCCCUUGUACCCUCGCAGCAGCCCAUGCCCCUGAGCCAGAGCGCGUUGGUACCCCGUCCACUUACAUCCGACGCACAGGUUGUUGACCUGACUGGGCCCGAUGAGUUGGAUGAGGUCCCCUACCACUCACCAUAUCCUCACUCUGCAGGCCAUGGACAGUGCUAA